CUGCAGGGGAGGGCACAACCCCCUGAGCUGUCCAAGGCUGGAGACUUUGUCUUAGGUGGCAUCUUCACCUUUCAAACUGGAUACAGAGGCAGCAUACCCAGCUUUCAAACCUUACCUGAUCCUCCAAAAUGCCUGAACAUCAAUGUAAGAGAAUUCAAAUUUGCCCAGACUAUGAUCUUUGCAAUUGAGGAAAUAAACCAAAAUCCUGCUUUUCUUCCCAACCUGGGCUACAAGAUAUACAAUUCCUGUGGAAUGACAAAUAUGAUUAAGUCUGCGCUAGAUUUAGCCAACGGGCAGAGGGAGAUCAUAGAUGAGAGGAACUGUACAAAGGCUGACACUGCUCUGGCUAUACUAGGCCACUCUGCCUCUGCACCUACAGUGGGAUUUGCUCGAAUUAUGGGAAGGUUCCAGAUACCAGUGAUCAGUCAUUUUGCAACCUGUGCAUGUCUCAGCAACAGAGAGGAGUUUCCAUCCUUUUUCCGUACUAUUCCCAGUGACCUCCACCAGAGCAGAGCCCUGGCAAAGCUGGUCAAGCACUUCGGCUGGACCUGGGUGGGGGCAAUUAGUAACAAAAAUGACUAUGGUGUCAACGGUAUGGCCUCUUUUAUACAAGCUGCACAAGAAGAGGGGGUGUGCAUUGAGUAUUACGAGGCAUUUGAUCAAACAGGUCCUCUUCAUGACUUAAACAAAGUAGUUGAAACUGUGAAGCACUCCACCUCUAAGGUUAUUGUGGCAUUUAUGUCCCACAGAGAAGUUAACGUGCUGGCGACUGAGUUGUACAGACAGAACAUUAAAGGACUGCAGCUGGUUGGCAGUGACGCCUGGAUCACAGAUCACUCUCUGACUGACAGCGAGGGUCGCAGCAUCCUUGUGGGCUCACUGGGCUUUGUUGUGAGCAAAGCUCAAAUCCCCGGGCUGGAGGAACACCUGAGGCAGAUCCAUCCCUCACAGUUUCCUGACAGUCAUUUUGUAAGAGAUCUCUGGGAAGAUGUGUUCAACUGUGCCCUGAAUGACUCUUCAAACACACAAAAAAAUCCAUGCAGUGGCUUUGAGAGCUUGCAGAAUGUUGAAUCAUAUUUUACAGAUGUUUCAGAGCUUAGAUUCACUUAUAAUGUAUACAAGUCAGUUUACGCAGUGGCUCAUGCUAUACACAACCUUGUCACAUGUGAAGAGGGGAGGGGCCCCUUCUACAACGGGAGCUGUGCUGAUACUAAACACAUUCAACCAUGGCAAGUGCUACAUUACUUACAGAAUGUAAACUUUACAACAAGUCAGGGGGAAAGAGUGACCUUUGACCAGAAUGGAGAUUCGCCUGCAAAAUAUGAGCUCAUUAAUUUACAACAUGUGACCUCAGGGACCAUACAUUUUGACACAGUUGGGGUUUUUGAUGCCUCUCUGCCCCAUGAUCGUCAAUUUAUAAUGAAUGUCAUGAAGAUAGUGUGGGAAGGAGGAAGUCACACGGUGCCUGUGUCAGUGUGCAGUGAGAGCUGUAACCCGGGGAAACGCAAAGUCUUUCAGAAAGGAAAACCUGUUUGCUGUUAUGACUGUAUACCGUGUGCAGAUGGAGAAAUCAGCAACAUCACAGACUCUAUGGAGUGCUUCAAAUGUCCCAUUGAUUAUUGGCCAAAUACCAGAGGGGACACAUGCAUCCUGAAGGAAAUAGAAUUUCUGUCUUUUGAAGAGAUCAUGGGGAUCAUUUUAACAUUAUUUUGUUUGAUGGGGGCGAUUUUGACAACUCUUAUAGCAUCAGUUUUUUUUCACUUCCGGGAAACUCCCAUUGUAAGGGCUAACAACUCUGAGCUGAGCUUCCUGCUGCUCUUCUCCUUGACUCUGUGUUUCCUGUGUUCUCUGACCUUCAUCGGCCGGCCCUCUCAGUGGUCCUGCAUGCUGCGACACACAGCAUUCGGCAUCACCUUUGUCCUCUGUAUCUCUUGUGUUCUGGGGAAAACUAUAGUGGUGCUAAUGGCAUUCAGGGCUACACUUCCAGGCAGUAAUAUGAUGAAGUGGUUUGGGCCUGCCCAGCAGAGACUCAGUGUUCGUUUCACUCUAAUACAGAUUAUCAUUUGCAUACUUUGGCUGACAAUAAGCCCUCCAGUCCCCUUUAAGAAUAUGAACCAAUAUAAGGAUAAGAUUAUUCUUGAGUGUGCCCUGGGGUCACCUGUAGGGUUCUGGGCUGUGUUAGGAUACAUAGGGCUCUUAGCUGUGUUGUGUUUUGUUCUUGCUUUUUUGGCUAGAAAGCUGCCUGAUAAUUUUAAUGAAGCUAAAUUUAUCACAUUCAGCAUGUUGAUAUUCUGUGCCGUCUGGAUCACCUUUAUCCCAGCAUAUGCCAGCUCUCCUGGGAAGUUCACUGUGGCUGUGGAGAUAUUUGCUAUUCUGGCCUCCAGUUAUGGGCUACUAUUCUGUAUUUUUAUCCCUAAAUGUGUUGUUAUUUUACUCAGGCCAGAACAAAAUACCAAAAAGCAUGUAAUUGGGAAAACAAAAGAUAUCCACCAUUAA